AAAUCGAACGAGAGAGAUGGGGAGAGCGGCCGGCAUCACGGGAGAUGGAAGAUCUGGAAGUUGGGCAGCGAAAUAGGGACGGCGAGGCGUCGGUGACCGGGGAAACGAGGGCGGCGGUGCGGGAUCUGGUCUGAUCAGCGACGGAGGGAGCUCCGGCAACAGGCUAAGGUACGGAGUUAGCCGAGCUAGGGUUAGGGUUUGGUUCGUGCGGAGAGAAGGGUCUCACCGUGAGGGGCGGUGCUCUGCGUCGGCGAGCUCGAGCUAUGGUGAUGGCGAUGGUCGGUGAGGCGUUGAGGAAGGAGGGGGCUCGGCCCCUUUUAUAGGCGGCCGGGGGAGCUCGGUGAGGACGGCGGGUAUGGCGCCGGAGUGGUGCGAGCGACGGAGUUACUGCAGUGCGGCGAGGUCGUGCGUGACGUGACAAAGCGAGGGGAGUGGUUGAGGGGUGACGGCGGCAAGGCGAGGCCACAGCGCGUCGAGAACGACGAUGACGGUGGCGUGGAAUGGGAACAGUAGCGAUGAGGACGGCGGUGAUGCGAGAAGAGAAGAGAGGGAUGCGAGAGAGAUUUUUUUUCCCAUCUUGUUCUUCGAUUUCGUUCUGGAAUUUUGAGGGUGCGACACCUCAUAUGGCGAUGCGGGUGGACGAAGGACUAUUUGGGGUUCGUCAAGAUCAUUUCAAUCCGUAUUGGAAGACUAUGGAGGCUGGAAAUAGCACCAACCAAGCGAUCAGAUGUUAUGGCGUAUACGGUGGAUUAGAGCGGAUGAAUGGAUGUUCUUUUUUUCGGGGUUUUUUUUUUUUUUGCGACCAGAUGUUUCGACUUAAGAAAACAAAAUAUCAACUAUUGGACGGGACGGUCGAAAGGAGCCCCAAAGUCAAAUAUCGCGUGCGAUAACUAUGACUAUUGGAGUGGACUGACCUUUUUGCCUUUUGCAUGACUGGAACAAAUCACUGUCCAUUCUCUCAUCGACCUGCUGUGUUAUCUUCCUGAGGAGAUAUAGUCCGCUAAUGGAGAUUCUCUUUUCUACAGUCCUGGGUGAGCUGACAACUAGAUCCAUAAAUUUCUUUAUCAGCAGAAGCUCCAAGCCGACGGCACUGGACUUGGAGGAUCGCCUCUGCAGGGUCCUGCUUCGGGCGCAGGUCAUCGUCGACGAGGCCAUGGGACGACACAUCACAAACCAGGCUAUGCUCCAGCAGCUGGACAUGCUGAGUGAUGCCAUGCACCGAGGCUAUUACAUGCUCGACACCUUCAGAUACCAACAUCAUGACAAAGAGGAGGUCAAAGAUCAGGUCGUGAGUCACUCUUUGUCUUUGUCCAAAGUAAUUUCUCUGAAAGGUUUCUGUUGCUCCAGUAGAAAUGCACAGAUUUUGGAACAACUGCAAAAGGCGCUUCACAGUUUGAGCUCCAUGAUCCUUGAUUCAAAUGAGCUGGUCAUGUUCUUGACAAGCUACCUUCGCCUGUACCGCCAGCCUUACAACAUGCAUCUCCUACUGAGUAAUUGUAUGUUUGGCCGCCAGAUGGAAGCAGAACUUGCCAUCAACUUCCUGUUACGCACACAACCUAAUGGUUCUGAAGAAUUGGAAGUCCUACCAAUUAUCGGUCCCGGAAAAGUCGGCAAGAGCACCCUUGUCGCUCAUGUUUGUAAAUAUGAAAGAGUCCGUGAUCAUUUCUCAAAAAUAUUGUUCUUGCGGGGCCAUGAUUUUACAGAUGAUGAUCUAGCUACUUUCAUAGAAGGAUGUGCAAUGAAACAUCAAAAUGGCGUGUCAAACUCGAACAAAGAUGGGAGAUUGCUAGUUGUUGUGGAGUUAGUAGAGGAUCUCAACGAAGAUGCAUGGAAGAGGCUGUAUUCUGCUUCUAAACGGUGCAUGCCAAGUGGUAGUAAAAUCAUAGUCACAAGUCGGUCUGACAAUAUCGUGAAGUUUGGAACAACGCAGGCUCUGACUCUGAAGUAUCUAUCCUAUGAGGCGUAUUGGUAUUUCUUCAAGACACUUACAUUUGGAAGCAUGGAUCCUGAGAUGGACCCGAGGCUCGUGCACCUGGCCAUGGAGAUAGCCAGGCUGCUGAACGGGAAUCUCAUUCGUGCAAAUGUCACCUCUCGUUUGCUGAGGGACAACUUUGACGUCCGCUUUUGGUGCAAGGUUGUGGCCUUUUUGAAAGGGUUCAUCCAGAAGCAUGUCUCCAAAUUUGGUGAGAAUCCAUUUGAUCUUCUGCAGCGAAAUAGACCUGCACAGCUUAUGAGAAUGGCUACACCUUCUGAAGAUAUCAUGGUUUAUCAGCAGUAUCAACGCUCUUCGGAAGAGGAGGUUCCCAAGAUAAGAUUCCAAGAUCUGUUGUAUGGAAGCGUUAAGCCUCAUGGGAAAUUUGAGACCCUAGGAUGGAGGUCUCAGAUACCACCCUACUAUAGCUAUGUGUAUACUUGUGAGAUUCGAGAGAUAAAAGCUACAGUUGCAAAGAGGAAGCGUUCUAUGAAAAAUGGAGUCACACUUUGUUAAUUUCGUCAUCAUUAGGCUGAUGUAGGAGAAUACGUAAUUUUUCUAUGUUUUGAUAGGGUGUUACAAGUUACAACAUUGUAAAGCUGUAUUACUACACCUUUGUCAUGUGAGAAGUGUUUAGUAUUAGAGAGUUUCUAAUGUGCUUGCAGAUGAUGUGAACAAGUGUUUAGUAUUAGAGAGUUUCUAAUGUGCUUGCAGAUGAUGUGAACCAUUCAUUGGUUAAAAUCCGAUGAUCCGUAAUCAAAGGUACCGACAGAAAGGUGCUUAAGUAGUGGCCCAGGUACUAAGGGUGGAAGAGUGAGAAGAUAAAUUUGUUUGCUAACUAAUCCGGAUGACAAAUGGCAAAAAAGUAUUUAAGAGAUCA